ACCCAGCGCUGCCAUUCUGUCUGCAAACCACAAGAUGGCGGCAUCUUACGUAUAAUGAGCACAACGGCACUUUGGCUUCUGCAACAGGGAUGGGCGAGCGAGGAGAGGGGGGGAGAGACAGAGCAAUUCCAGCUCAGUAUCUUUCCUCAUGAGGUAGGCUGUGCUUGACUAGCAGCAGCAGCAGCAUCAACUUCCCCUCCCCGAACCUCCCCCCCCCCUCCAACGAUGCCUUUUUUUUUUUUUCCUUUUUCUUUUUUCUUUCUCACACUGAGCAAUAUUGGUAACGCCGUCCGUUGCCACUGCAACAAUGGCUCGCCUGCGCAUGGGGCGUGCGGCGUCUGAGCAGAGUUGAGUGGGGAAAAAAGCGGAGAGGACAUCUGUGCCUGGUUUUUCGUCAUCUGGAUGGGAAGUGCUUUUUGUCAGGGGAGACAGAGAGAGAAGAAAGCGGAAGGCAAGCCGGGGAAGGGGAACAACUGGCACCAGCCAAUCCCCCCCCGUCCAUUGUCAGACUGGAGACGACGGAGGCCACCGGAGUAUUUGCUUUUAUCUUUCGUUUUUUGUUCUUUUUUUUCCUCAUUGCGCUGCUGGGAGGUGCUUUGCCUUUUCAUUUGCUCGCUCUUUCGGUCCUCUGCCUCCUCAUCUAUUUUGCCAUUUACCUGGUCAACAAUUUCGUCCAUUUAUGAGCCAGACAAGGAGGGAGAGGGAGAGAGAGAGAGAAGCAGAAAGACAGAGAAAAGGAGAAAGAGACAGAGGAGGGGGAUUUUUGUUCCCCCCUCUUUAUCCUCUUUUAUCCCCUCCAUUCAUUCUUCCUUCCCUUUCCAUUGCUUUCCUUCCCUGUGCAGCCCACGCUCCCUCCUUCCUACCUUCCUUCCUCCCUGCCUCUUCCUCCUCCCCCUCCACCCCUAACUUUGGCUACUUUUUUUUUUUUUUUGACUCCACCUGUCGUUUUAUUUAUUUUCUUUAAGCAGCUCUAAUAGAGUCUUUUAAUUAGUUUUUGUUGUCUUUUCUAUUUAUGCCUUUUUCACUUUUAUACCUAUUUCCCUCCUUCUUUUUUCCUCCUUAUGCAUCUUAUCUGGCCGAUCCCUAACUCUGACCAUAGAGUGGCAGACGUAAGAAAAACAAGAUUCUACGAGCAUCUAUUUUCCGAGGAAGAGAAGUGACGCCGGUCCAGUGGAGUGCAAUUACCUCAACAUUGAUGCUUUGCUCCAUUGACCGUCUGAGGAUUUUACCUAAAACGGCUCCUCCCUCAGUCUGAGGCUAUGAAAGGGAGAGAGGAGUCCCAGGCCGCACCACCAUGCUACUUCUGAGAAGCUGGGAUGAGACUUUGGCUGGCAAAACACGAGGUAUUUCUCUCCCACUCCUACAUUAUGCCUCUUCGUGGACCCUGCAGCUCCUCCCUGCCUCACCAACAUGCUGGGGCUCACUUCUCCCACCGAAUGGUUGCUCAGAUGCAACAUGGGGCUCGGACCCUUCAUCCACCUCCACCUCCAUCGGUUCACCGCACCACAGGCACGUCUUUAUGCCUGCCUCUCCUUUUUCUGCUGCUCUGUCUUCUCCACCUACCCCCAGCCUGUCACUCAAGGAGAGAAAAGGGUGGAGGAGGCGGUGGCGGCCAUUACAUGCCCAUCCCACAGCCCCCUCCGCACCACAUGGCCCUGCCUAACAUCCUGCGGGGCCUAAGCAUCGCUGUCGUACUGGUGGGGAACUCCAGCGAGGUGGCAUUGGCAGGGGCCAGAGAGAAGGAGGACUUUCUCCACAUUGCUCCGAACGUGGAGGUGCUGACCAUGAAUGAAACGGACCCCAAAAGCAUUAUAAAGAGCAUCUGUGACCUGAUGACAGAGCACUGGCUGCAGGGCGUCGUCUUUGGGGACGACACAGACCAGGAAGCCAUCGCUCAGAUCCUGGACUUCAUUUCAGCCCAAACCCACAUUCCCAUCCUUGGAGUACGUGGAGGCUCUUCGAUGAUCAUGGCCGCCAAGGACGACAACUCCAUGUUCUUUCAGUUUGGCCCCUCCAUCGAGCAGCAGGCUUCUGUCAUCCUGAACAUCAUGGAGGAGUACGACUGGUACAUCUUCUCCAUCGUCACAACGUACUACCCUGGUUACCAGGACUUCGUCACCAAGAUCCGAAACACCAUCGAGAACAGCUUCGUCGGCUGGGAGUUGGAGGAAGUUCUUCUGCUCGACAUGUCCGUGGACGACGGCGAUUCAAAGAUCCAGAACCAGCUGAAGAAACUCCAGAGUCCCGUGAUUCUUCUCUACUGCACAAAGGAGGAGGCCAACACCAUCUUCGAGGUGGCCCACUCCGUAGGGAUCACCGGCUACGGUUACACGUGGAUCGUCCCUUCGCUGGUCGCUGGAGACACUGACGUAGUGCCUGCAGAGUUUCCCACAGGUCUGCUCUCCGUAUCCUACGACGAGUGGGACUACGGUCUGGAAGCCCGUGUUCGGGACGGUGUGGCGAUCAUCACCAUGGCGACGUCCACCAUGAUGAUGGACCGUGGACCCCACACCCUGCUGAAAUCUGAAUGCCAUGGAGCGCCGGAAAAGAAGACCCCAAUCUCAGGCAACCCCAAUGAAGUCCUCAGGAAAGCUGUUUGUCUGCCAUCAUCGGUGGCCAUGCUAACUAGCCUUAACAUUCACGACAGACUGGCUCUGCUUUCAGGAAGCGCAGCACAGCAGAGAGGAAAGUGUGGGGUGGAAAUCAGGAGGUACCUGAUGAAUGUGACAUUUGAGGGCCGCAAUCUGUCGUUCAGCGAAGACGGGUACCAGAUGCACCCCAAGCUUGUCAUUAUUCUGCUCAACAAAGAGAGACAGUGGGACCGGGUGGGUAAAUGGGAGAACGGCUCCUUGUCCAUGAAGUACCAUGUGUGGCCUCGCUACGAGCUGUAUGGUGGGGCGGCAACCAGGGAAGACGACCACCUGUCCAUCGUGACGCUGGAAGAGGCUCCGUUCGUCAUCGUGGAAGACGUGGACCCGCUGAGUGGGACCUGCAUGAGGAAUACCGUCCCCUGCAGAAAACAGAUCAAAACGCUCAAUCAGACCAAGGAGACGGGGAUCUACAUCAAGCGUUGCUGUAAGGGCUUCUGCAUCGACAUCCUGAAGAAGAUCGCCAAAUCGGUCAAGUUUACGUACGACCUGUACCUGGUCACAAAUGGGAAGCAUGGCAAAAAGAUCAACGGGACCUGGAACGGCAUGGUGGGAGAGGUUGUGUUAAAAAAUGCCCACAUGGCUGUCGGAUCCCUAACCAUCAACGAGGAGAGGUCAGAGGUCAUCGAUUUUUCUGUUCCCUUCAUCGAAACCGGAAUUAGCGUCAUGGUUUCCCGCAGUAACGGCACAGUUUCACCUUCCGCAUUUCUAGAGCCCUUUAGUGCAGAUGUGUGGGUGAUGAUGUUCGUGAUGCUGCUGCUGGUGUCAGCAGUGGCUGUGUUCGUGUUCGAGUACAUCAGCCCUGUGGGCUACAACCGCUGUCUGGCUGAUGGCAGAGAGCCUCACGGCCCGUCUUUCACCAUCGGUAAGGCCAUCUGGCUGCUUUGGGGUCUCGUCUUCAACAACUCCGUGCCAGUCCAGAACCCCAAAGGCACCACCAGUAAAAUCAUGGUGUCAGUGUGGGCCUUCUUCGCUGUCAUCUUCCUGGCCUCGUACACUGCCAACCUGGCUGCUUUCAUGAUCCAAGAGGAAUAUGUGGAUCAAGUCACGGGUCUCUCAGACAAGAAGUUCCAGAGUCCCAAUGACUUCUCUCCCCCGUUCCGGUUUGGCACGGUCCCGAAUGGGAGCACGGAGAGAAACAUCAGGAACAACUACCCAGAGAUGCACACCUACAUGACCGCGUUCCAUCAGAGGAACGUCAACGAAGCUCUGCAGAGUCUGAAGGCCGGCAAACUGGAUGCCUUCAUUUACGAUGCCGCCGUCCUGAACUACAUGGCUGGCAGGGACGAGGGCUGCAAGCUGGUGACCAUUGGCAGCGGCUACAUCUUCGCCACCACGGGAUACGGCAUCGCCAUCCAGAAGGAGUCUGGGUGGAAGAGACACGUGGACCUGGCCAUCCUGCAGCUUUUUGGCGACGGUGAGAUGGAGGAGCUGGAGUCCCUGUGGCUGACGGGGAUCUGCCACCACGAGAAGAACGAGGUGAUGUCCAGCCAGCUGGACGUGGACAACAUGGCCGGGGUCUUCUACAUGCUGGGCGCCGCCAUGGCUCUCUCCCUCAUCACCUUCAUCUGCGAGCACUGGUUCUACUGGCAGCUGCGCUUCUGCUUCAUGGGCGUCUGCUCCGGCCAGCCCGGCUUCGUCUUCAGCGUCAGCAGGGGAAUAUACAGCUGCAUACAUGGGGUCCAAAUCGAAGAGAAGAGCAGCUCCGCAUUGAACUCCCCGUCAGCCACCAUGAACAACACCCACUCAAACAUCAUGCGCCUCCUACGCACUGCCAAGAAUAUGGCCUCCCUGUCAGGGGUGAACGGCUCGCCGCACAGCGCCCUGGACUUCAUCCGUCGAGACUCUUCUGUUUAUGACAUCUCUGAGCAUCGCCGCAGCUUGGCUGGCCAUUCCGACUGCAAACCUCCUUACAUGCCUGAAGACAACAUGUUUAGUGACUACAUCAGUGAAGUGGAGAGGACGUUUGGCAACCUUCAUCUCAAGGACAGCAAUUUGUACCAAGAUCACUAUCUACACCACCAUGGUUCAACCCCAGGGCUCACUGGUCUUCCUCCCGACAGACCCCACAGUUUGGGCAGUGCUAGUUCUCUGGAGGGUGGCAUGUUUGACUGUGACAGCUUGGGCGGGGUAGUGGCUCCCAUCUUCACCACCCAACCUUGCUCAGCUCUGACUCACAGGAACAUGAGCAAGUUUGACCUGUUGUCUGGACAGACUCCUCCCUCAGGCCAGAGCUUUAAGGGAGGACUGCCUGACGUCUACGGGAAGUUCUCCUUUAAAGGUGGUGCCUCAAGCUCCACUUACAUUCCGGGACCUAGCUACUGUGGGGGGAGAGGAGACGAUGAUGGAAAUAUACGUUCAGAUGUUUCAGACAUUUCCACACACACUGUAACGUACGGAAACUUGGAGGGUAAUGCAAAGAAGCGCAAACAGUACCGAGACAGCUUAAAAAAGAGGCCGGCCUCUGCAAAGUCCAGGCGGGAGCUGGAUGAAAUUGAGCUGGGUUACAGGAGGAAACCCUACCACAUCAGCCACCACCACUACCACAGCCAACGCUCUGCCUCCCCGCCACUAUUGCCCUCUGAACGUAAGCGAGGGGGUGGAGGAGGAAACAACAAUGGGAACUCUUACCUCUUCAGGGAAAAGGAGAGUGUUCGGGACUUUUAUCUCGACCAGUUUCGUCCCAAAGAGGGAGUCCCUCAGUGGGAGCAUGUGGACUUGACAGAGGGCCCUGGAAACAGAGAUGGAGGAGUGCCAACAUGCACCUCCUUGGUACCAGUUGAAGACCUUCUGAAAAGCAAGCCCAAAAAGUCUGACUCAAAGGGUGGACCAGGGUCUGGAUUGGCAGGUGGAGAAUGGGAGUGCAGGAACUGUCGAGCUAGUGGGGGCAAGCAGAUAUCCAUUCAUGGAGGAGGUGGUGGGUAUUCAAGUGGCAUGGGCUGUGGGUCCUCAGCUGGUGGCAGCCGCCCCAGCUCUGCAACCUGCAUGCGUUGUGAGGGUUGUAAAAAAACAGGAAACCUUUACGAUAUCAGUGAGGACAAUAACCACCCCUUGGAACAAAUGGGGGGAGGGAAAGGCGGGGGAGGAGUGGGAUGUAUGGCCGCAGGCCCUCAGGCUCAAUCUCAGGCCCAGCAGAGGAGAAAGAGUGGAGGAUUUGGGAAGCAGCUAAGGCGUCAACAUUCGUACGACACAUUUGUUGACCUUCAGAAAGAGGAAUCGGGUGGAAUGGGAAGUCUGAUGGGAGGCUUAGGGGGAGGCAUGGGAGGACCUGGGAUGGGAGGAAUGCUGCCCCCACCAAGGAGUGUUAGUUUGAAGGAGAAAGAACGCUACAUGGAAGAAAACAGCCCCUUUGCACAUAUAUUUGAACGCCAUGGGGGCUCAGAAAGGGAAAGGGACAGAGACCCAUUGUUUUAUGGAGGUGAGAGCCAAAAAGGCUCUGGUUCCCCAUUCGGACUGUUCAGAGGUGGUGAGGGCCUCCAUCGCCGCUCCAUUGGAGAGAGAGACAUGAGAGACAGAUCUUUGAUGGAAGGUGGAGGUGGGGCAGCAUUCUCUUUAUCCAAAUCUCUUUACCCCGACCGGGUAAACCAAAACCCCUUUAUACCCACCUUCGGCGAUGACCAAUGUCUGAUGCAUGGAGCCAAACAAUAUUACCUGACAAAGCAACAGCAGCAGCAACAACAAGUUGCCCAGAACAGCAGAGGUGACUUCAGGAGUCAAUUGAGUACAACGUCAUAUCUGCCAGCAUCUGCCACAGCUGGGGUGAUGUCCAACGUGCCCCCCCGUUUCCCAAAAGAGCUCAGCCUUGGUGGGAUGAACCAUCACGGGUCUAUGUUGGCGGUCGGACCCCCACGUCCCUUCAAUGGAAGCAAUGGCCAUGUGUACGAGAAACUCUCUAGCAUUGAGUCUGACGUGUAAGAGACAAAGAGGAAGAAGGAGAGCAACAGAGGUUCAAAGUGUUUGGAGAUCAGGGGUAUUUCUUAGAACUAUAUAGACACAAAGCAGCUUGAGUUCAUAGUGACACAAAGAGAUGACUGAAAGAGGGGUCAAAUGAGUGGCAGAGGCAAAACAGGUAGAGACUGUUGAACAAGAUAGAAAUUGAAAAUGGGAAUAAAAAAUCAGGACAUCCUUAGGGGGUAAAGGAUGCUAAACCUCUCAAAAUGGCCAAAGCUACUCUACUUUUACAUCCACAUACAAUCAAUCAACAUUGUCUUUAAUCUCACAAAAGCCCUACACUUCAACAAGUUCCAUCCUCAUAGCCACCAGUGUGCUAGAAGUCACUGUGCGUGAUUGAUAUCUUAACAAAGCAUCAUCUUGUUUUAGUUUAGUUUUCUACAGGGGCCACAAUUUGAGGGCUCCUGUUGGGUCCUUGUGAGGAACCACAGCAAGAGCGGCAACGGAAGAGAACUGCCCUUGUGCCCCUAUGACAAUUUAGAAAUUAGACAUCGUCACAAUCGCUAGAUCCACAACACAGCCUGUCUUGGACAUCUCUCCCUGAACCCUUACCCACUCCUCUUCUUCUCUGCCCCCACUUCUCUAUAUCUUUGACACCUAAAGAGCUGUUUGCUGAUGAGAAAUACAAUCAUGAAUGAUAAUAAGAUAUUCUUAUAGAAAAACAGGGUAUAAAAACAACAAUAACGUUGUGAAUAACAAAGACAUUCAUGCUGUUUAUGGUAACUUUGCUUGUGAGACCAGACAUUUUGUUUUGUAUUCUGUUGGUAUAGUAUUUGACUAUUCUCUAAGUAUCUGUAGUAGUUGUGUUCCAUAUGCUCCUGGUGAUGCCAGGAAGAUUGUUCUUGGUUCAACCAACAAGCCAGAAAGACUGAGUCUUUUACUCCUGUGUUUUCUUCUGUUUUCUGUAGAAUAUUUUACUCCAUGGCCAUUAGUGUAUCUGCUCCAGGAUUUUAAAGACACAUUUGGAGCUGGGAAAUUCUUGAUAUUUUAAGACAUUCCUAAUAAUCAAGCACGCACAUGCUUAAAAACAAACACAGAUUCUUUUGUUUUUCUUCAGUUUUUUUUGUCAGUCUGAACUCGUGUUACUGUGAAGAACAACGUUUUCACCAGAAGCUACGGAGAGGAAGGACGUGCCUUAAAGGUCUCCAGUGGAAGUGUCCUCCAGUUCACACGCAGCUGCACCAGAACAGACCAGCGCUCAUUCAGGCUGCCCAGUGUUGCCGUCACAUGAGCCAAACCCGCUGUAGAAAUUUGACAGCAGGCUGCAGAUGAUGAUGGUUUCCAUACAAGACGCUGUUUAAGAUCUUUUAUACCUUCGUAAAAAUAUUUCAUAUGUCAGGUAUGGAUGGUGUUUUAUGAACCAGUCGUAAUCAGGAUGUCCCACUGUUACUAAUAAGCUGAUGUGUCUCAGUUUAUAGCAACGGAAGCCUAUAGACCACCUGUUUUGUCCAUCCUACACAACACCUGUCACUUGGUUCUUGCUAUCAUUACUUCACAUCACACCAACAGUCUGGAAGGCUCGCACAGAAAGCUUUGCUUGGACAUUGUGUAAAACCAACAUUAUGCACUGUCACUUAUGCAGACCUGCUACAACAAAGUUGUAGAAGAAGCUGAUAAAAGGCAGGGUUGAGGAACUGGCUAGGCAACGGGAAGGCAGCUGUCUUGUGAAAGAUUGUUUUUUCUUUUUUACUUAGACUGUUGUAGAUAGUCUUUAGCUAAAGAGGCCUCAUUUAUUGCACAGGACAUUUUACUCAGUGUAGGUUCAGGCACUCAGUAGACAUGCCUUAUGAUCCCUCUCCACCAAGUUGAUGACUCAUCAUGUACAGACUUCAGAGGCUUCUAUUAGUUAUUUGAGGGUCCGAUCUAUGAUUGGUUGGUGUCACAAGUUAAAGGGCUGAGAGAUAUCACACAGGAGUACUGGCCACAGAGAGGACCUACCGGACUGUGUGUUAAAAGAUUUUUGUAAUUAUGUCACACCCCAAUAUAAAAGCACUCAUGCAAUAGGUUGAUAUGUGUGUUUGUGUGUUUGAAGAGAAGCAGACCAUUAUUCAACAGUAAGUGCUUUUUUUCCCCCUAAUCACGCUGUUAAAUAUUCAUUACUUCAACAGCCUGUACUCCCUAACUCCUCGGAUAACACUGAGACUGAUCGAGUUAGCCUUAAAUCAAAUGCACCCUCCCUCCCACACACACACCCCAAGACACUCCUAAUAAAUAACUUGGGAUCUCUGGAAUUUUUAUACACGUUUUGAAAGUUCAGGUGAACCAAACUCGGCAAGGAGGAAGAAGGGUUUGACGCAGAAAUAAAUGGCUAGUUACAAUUUUUGAAGCGAGGCUCUGUGAUAUUAUCAAGAGUAGUUUCUUUAGCUGUACUAGAAAGAUCCGUUAUUGCAAUGAGUUAAGUAGAAAAGUGAAACAGUUGUUAUUCAUAAAUCACACUAUAAAGUUUCAACAAAGUCUUCCUGCAGAUUUGACAGUACAGCUGCUAGUUAAGCCAGAUUGCAUCGCCUAUUUUCAACAUACGGAAAAAUCGUGGCAUGAGCCUUUACAGCUAAAGACGCCAUAAACAGCACACUUACGCAUCACUGCUACAAAAUGAAUGUUGGUGCUACAAAAAUGCCACGGCAGUGAUCCGAUAAUAACAUUACUUAAUUUCAUGCGACAUCAUGCAAAGGCUCUGUUUGCUUGGAAAAUUCACUCGUGCUAAAUACUUGGAGUGGCUCCAACAGAUGGGCAGUCUGACCUACUUUUUGCUUAUUUCAGCUUGGGAUUGUUUAACCUCUCGGAGACGCACUUAUAUACACUUAUUGCGGAUUAAAUUUUAACCCCAAGAUGCCCAAAAAGAAGGUUAACACAACAUAUUAUUAUACUCUAUCCCAAUAUAGGAUGACAUAAAAUGUGUUUAUUUCAUCUGUGUUAAACACAUGUAACAUACAUUUCUUUUGAUAAACCAACAUAAUAGCAGCCUUUAAUUAGUGGAAGACUAGCAGCUAAUAAUAUGCAGUUACAUUGGUUGCACGUUAUUUGGCUGUGAAAACAACAGCAGCCCCUGCACAAACAGGUAAGAUCUGCUGAUCUAGUGUUUUGUUUUAUUUAUUGGAAUGUUUUCUAGACAUGUUUCUGUCUGAAAUCAGAUAAUUUCUUAUCCUUUCUAUAAACCGACUGCAACAUGACAUUUUACUGUCACAGCUAGGGCAGUUGUCGCUAGUAAUAACUUUAGAGAGCCUCACUUCAAAAACUCAGAACUGCCCCUUUAAGAACCUGAGAGACUUUGGUUUGGGCAUCAGUGUCAGCAUUAGUAUGGUCGAUCUUUUUCAUGUAAAUAAAUAUAUAUUUAAGAAUCUUUUCACUUUGUACAGUAAACAGACAGACAGGAUGUAACUUUCAGUAUGUUUUACAAUUUAAGAAAUAAAACUGUGAUAAAAACUCAUAAAAUCAAAAAAAUAUGAAUAAAAAUAUGCAAAAUAUAGAAUAAGACACAAAUAUUACUAAUCAUAAGUGAUAUAAUUGAACCUUUUUUCUUUUUCUUUAAAUCUCAUGUUUACUUGAUUAUAAUAGUUUUACCAAUACGGAUUAUGUUAAGAGUUCUGAAUUUUUUUUCUUAUUUUCUCUAAAUUGUUGGAAACUGAGGAUAAUUUACUGUAGGUGUAGACGUUUAGUGAUUAAAAAGGGAAAGCUUAGUUUUAGGAGUCUAUGUUAAGUUUCCCUUGGAUUGUGUUAGACUAUCUUUUUAAGAUAAGCUCUUUCUCCAUGCUUUUCAGCAUAGAUUCAAUUAUCUAAACAUUUAUAAUAUGAUAUUACAUGUAUACAGAGGUGAUAUUUGCAUAUAGAGGCAGCAGUAUAUUGUGAUCCUUCAUUUCGAAGCAGCCAUUCUUGUUUAAAAGUUUUGGAGGCGUUUGUGUUUUUGUUGCCCAUUUUUUUUGGACUUGGGCUCUAAACGGUAAUUGCACACAGAAUUUAGAGCCAUCAUCGGCCCGGCCUAUCCUGCUCCCUCUCUUUGUUUGGGAUAGACAUCACUGUGGUAAUGGAAGAUUACACACACGCACACACACACACUUAGGCACACUGGGCGUUUUUCCAGUGUCGAUGUUGCUGAGAGUUUCAGCAAAAAUAUUGUGGAGAAACCAACCAAGCUGAAGUGCAGAUUCAUCUCCGUGAGAGUGCGGCUGAAAUGCAUUUGUGCAACCCCUUAUUAAAAGGUGAAACAUUAGUUCCGUCGUGUUUCAUUUUGUGCAGCCUUUUUUCCGCUGCUUUAUUUAAACUCGUAUUGCUAAACUGUGUUUCUUGACAGCCGAAUAGCCCUAAAAUGUUCCGUAUUCUCACUCAUUUUAUUCUUAUUUUAUUUAUCUCAGCUCUUUUGUGUGUUCCUCUGCAUUAGAGAGAAGGAAACAGCUUUAUUAAUUUGCAGCAGGCGCAUGUGGGACGCCAUGCAUUCGGAAAUGAUUUUCCUCCUCCUUAUUUUUGCGUGGUUCUAAUUCCAAUAAGUCUGUGUAAUCUUCUCCAACACCCUGAGAGAAGAAAUUCAUCUCUCCACUGUUUUUUUUCUUUUCUUUCUUUCUUUUCUCUCUAACUGCUUUCGUGUCCACGGGCUUGAUUGAAAAGUGAAAAAUGUAUCAGUGUGCACAUAAACUCUGUUAGCGGUCCAUUUUUCCCCCUCUACAAGGCACUGAAAUAAUUCAAGUCAUUUGCAAUAAACAGCACAACCAAACAAAUAAUGUUCAUAUUGUACUCUAAAUGUGCUAAUUUAUCAGCUCUUGUUUUACAGGCAUCAGGGUGGUUAGCUAAGGCUAGCUAACUCCGUAGAGGUGUACCUGAUAAUGUUAAAAAAAAAAACAAAAACAAAAACAAUAACAUACCGACCGUCAGAUUUUCGCCCCUACAGCUCAGGUCCGGCUGUGCAACAGAUUAAGUUGGGCUUGUCAGGAGUCUUUAGUCCCCCUUAAGGCCAAAUUGGUCCCAGUUUCCGGUUUCUGCAAACGAGCAUGUCACAACGUAUUUGGUUCACAAAGGGCAAAACACUGUGUCUCCUCUUUCCCCGGUGUUAACACACGAAGAAGUGGCUGUAACACGCACCAGGGCUACAACACGGUGGAAGAUGAUUUUCUUUUCUUUCAGGAACACCGACCCGAACUAGGGCAGAAAAGAAAAGCAGGUGUGUGAUGACACUCACUUCCCAGACUUUGAAACUGCUUGUGUUUAUUUGAAAAAAGAAAUAAUAAAGAAAUGAGUCAGUCGUGUGAUGUCAUCCCAUGCAGACAGGAAGAAUUAAACUGUGAUAUUACAUAACUGAUUGUUCUGAACCUUUAUGUAACUAAGCAGCAGUUCACACUCUAUUCACUGAAAACAUUUUUCCCCCUUCAUAUUUUAGUUACAGACCUCUGUGUGUGUUUGUCUGUGUAUACAGUGCCUUGCAAAAGAAUUCACGGCUCUUAAAUUUUGUCACAUGAAACUGCAAUACCUUUUACUGGGAUUUUAUCUGAUAGAGCGAGUUGAAGUUGAACUGGGGGAUCUGCCAAAUUUUUACGAAAAAUCAUCCAUAGUUUUGGCCUCUAUUCAAUAACUACGCCUGAUUAAUUUUGUUUAUUUAGGCAUAUCAAAGUAAGGGCGGUUAAAGGAAAAUGGUUUUCAAAUAUUUCUGUUUAUAUUUAAUCACACAAUUUGGCUGUGCUUACUAAUUAGGUAAGCCAUUUUCAUUUAGGUGUAUCAAAGGAAACAUGGUUGAAUGCAGUGUACUGUAAAGAAUUUCUUUUUUUAGAAGUAAAGCUCGGAAAUUUUGACAUAAUUGCUUUGGCCCACAUCUACUCUGACACCCCUAAAUAACAUAAUUUGUCUUUGUUUUUCAGAGAUGGGAUCAAAUUACUCUCUGGGGAUGCUACUGGUUUUCAUUUGAAACUAAGUGGUUCUGUUAUUUUUCUUUAGGGGUAUCAAAGAAAAGGGGUCUGAAUUCAAAUUUAUACCACAUCUAUUCUUGGGGUGUUUUUUUUUUUUUGUUGUUUGUUUGUUUUUAAGCUAUAUAUAAAUUCCCUUCCAUUUUGACAAUUAUACCCUUCUUUGUGUCGAUUUAACACAUAAAACCCCAAAAUGUGUUAGAGUUUAAGGGGUUGGACCACUUUUCAAUGUGCUGUAUGUGUACUAUCUCUUGAUACUGCUUCAUAUUGAUGCACACCAACUUUUCUACUCAAUUGUGUACAGUUCUGUUUAAUAUUCCUGUUUUCCAUCUUCACCCGCUGUCAUUGCUGAGGUAUUUCCUCAGUGUUGCAUAAGGGGUUGCAACCCAAUGUAUUUCCCAAAGCGAGACGAAGUCGCCGAAAACCACUGAGACUGCAUAACUUGACCACAGUAACCGUGGCUGGCGGAAGUGUAACGUACGAGUAGUGACCACUUGUAUGCGCAAUCAGACACAGAACAUUGCUCCUGGCCAUCGUUUUUCUCUUCUCUUGGCCAUUUUCUUUGAAAUAAUGCCAAAAUUUUUACAGCAGAAAAACCACACAAAAACAGCUAAUUGUACAGCUUCUGUAUAUACCAAAUACUGGGGGAAAAGUAUUUACCUUCACCUUUUUUUGUAUUCAAAAUGAUUGACGUAUUCUCAAUAGCAAAUUUAACCAUGUCAUGACAAAACUGCAAAAAAAGAAAAAAAAAAGAAAACAUCAUUAAGGUACUUCUAAUAAGGAUAAUGCCGAUAUCUACCAUUAUAAGUGCUGAAAUAAGACUAUUCUUUCUCUUUGUACAUGAUGAACAAAAUGAAGUGUUGAGUAUUAAUAAUAAAAAGUAUAAGUUUCA